GUGAAGCAAGAAAUUUUGAUUAUUAUUGUUACAUUGAAUGUCAACAAAAAUGCCAGUUUAUCAAGAAACCGAACAAAUCCAAGCGCAAACAAUUAUUGUUAUUCAUCCGGGCUCUAUGUAUCUUCGUAUGGGCCGUGCUUCUGAUUUGAAGCCCGUUACGUUAUUACAUGCUGUAGCAAGAAGACGUUUACCAAAUGGAACAAGAUACAAGGACAAUCUCUUACCUCCAACUGUAACAUUAACAAAAGAACUAACACAGGCAAUGGAAGAAUCUCGACUGCAAGUGUCGCAUACCCUUCAGUCUUGCUUACAGUCCGAUGGAAGUCGAAGAUAUGCGACACCACCACAGCAGAUAGCAGCUUUUAAUCGUAGAUCUAGUCCAGAAUUCUCUUCGCCCAGCAACAUGAAGUGGACAAUGACUAAUCAUGAUAUAGUCAUCGGCGAUAAUAUCUUAUCGUUAGAUCCAGGAGAAGAAUGCAAUUUCAAUAUCCAUUUUCCAUACAGAAGAGGAGAGCUUAAUAUACAUUCAGGUCCAGGUGGUAGCUUAACUGCUGUCAUAGCAGACUUAAAAGCCAUCUGGGAAUAUGUAUUAACUGAGAAGCUAGAUAUUCCUCUCAGAGACUUAAAGCACUAUCGUGCAGUGCUUGUUAUACCUGAUAUUUAUCAUCGGCCAUAUCUAAAGGAAUUAACAACACUAUUAUUGGAUGAAAUUGGUUUUGGACGCUGUAUUCUAUUGCAAGAUCACGUAGGCGCAAUGUUUGGAGCAGGUUUGGGUUACGCGUGUAUAGUAGAUGUUGGAGCUCAGAAGAUAUCGGUAUCCUGCGUGGAGGACGCAAUUUCUCAUAAAGAUACACGAGUGCGUAUGGAUUACGGCGGGGCAGAUGUUACGCAGACGUUUCUCUGGCUUUUACAAAAAUCCGCAUUUCCGUACAAAUCAUGCGAUCCUACCAACAAGUUGGAUGCACUACUCCUAGAGCAACUGAAGAUAGAUUUUUGUCAUGUCGAUUUAAAUGUGUGUGGCUCACAGGAGAAAACGUUCGUUGUCAGAAAGCCAAAACAACAAACGGAAACAUAUACUAUGCAGGUUGGCGAUGAAUGUUUAAUAGCACCUUUGAGCCUAUUUCAACCUGAACUAUUCAGAAUUACCGGAACGCAUAAUGUUCAUGUUCAAAAACGAUCAUUAGGAGAUCCAGAAGAUCCUUAUGAUGAAAAUUAUUUAAGAGAAACAAGUAGACGUGGAAUGAAAGAAACUCUGGAUCAUUCGUCAGAAAUGCAAGAGGAGGCAGCGGCUGCACCUGCAGUUGUAGGCGAUGAUGAGGUUGUAGUUGACGCCAGUGAUCCUGCACCUAGUUUGUUAAAUCGUGAUUUAGAUGUUCCCCGAGAUUUCGUAAUCCCACAACAACUAUUGGGUCUUGAUCAAGCUAUUUUGCAGAGUAUCGAGCGAUGUUCCAAUGAAGAUCUCAAAAGAAAAAUGUAUAGUUGUGUACUAGUCGUUGGAUCAGGUUUGAAGUUUAAGGGUAUCGGUAUGUGGCUUCGUAAUCGAAUAUCUCUUCAAACUCCUUACAUGUAUAGGCCUGAACAACUAGAUAUUAUAACACAGCCAAAAGAUAUGGAUCCCGGUAUGACAACAUGGAAAGGAGCAGGGAUUUUAAGCUGUUUGGAAUCAGCUCACGAAUUGUGGAUUAGUCGAACCGAGUGGCAUCGCUGGGGCGUUAGAAUUUUGAGAGAAAGAUCCCCUUUCUUAUGGUAG